AUGAACUGGGUUGGGGGGUCCCGUCGAAGAAUCAUGCUUACUAAAGAGAGAAGAAAACAGAAGGAUUUUUUUGAAAAGGAAAAACUUAAGUCAAAGAUGAAGUUACUGGGAGUAUCUCCUUUGAAAAGCUCAGCUGUCAGUUUGGACCUACUCAAUCUCUACGUUGUUAAUCAGAUCUCUACAAAGAAAGAAAAUGCUGAGAAUAUUCGAAAGCCAAUUCAUGUUGAUAUUAACAGAGAAACUCAAAUUCCUUUGAGAAAGCAAAAUGUAGAAUUUCCCAAGUCACCAGAAUGCAGACCAGCUAAGCUGUCCCUUGAUGACAUCCAGCACAGAAUACAAGAAGAAAUCUUGGAUAGCAGAAGAAAAUACCUUUAUGAAAAAGCCAGCAUUCAUUCUGAAGUAAGUCCUGGAUACGGUAACUCCAUUGAUAAGGAUUCUGGAAAGAGUCAAGCAAACGGGGAAGAAUCAUUGUUUGGUACUAUAAACGACCAGAUAAAGACUAACCAAGAUGCAAACUUCCAGCCGAUUGCAAGUUUGUUUGAAGAAGAAAAUCAAUUUCUGACGUUUCCUCCUUCUCAGUCUUACUGUUCUUUUGCUAAAAAAAACUACAUUGACCAGCUAUUCACAGAUUUUGGAGAUGCAAAAGAAAUAUUUGGUAAACCCAGCCUGUAUGACAGUGAAGAAGCGCAUCAGACGGUAGGUCCUGCCCACUGUGCAGCUGAGAGGGAUCUCACAAGCAUCCUCACGGCUCCAGAAAUGAUUUGCUCCCUUAACAACCAACGCUUAAAUGCAAUAAACCAGAAUCCAAACUGGAAUCGGUUGAAACCCUGCAGUAGCCAGAAGAAAAAUCCUGUAGAGUUAUCCGAUCAGCAGAAACUUACUACGUUCUUGGAUAAUACAGAUGAUGAUUCCCAGUUAAGUAGUCAGUCACCCACUUAUUCUCCAGAGCAAGCAGAUCGACAUACCAAUUCUUCCUCUGACGAGUCUAGACCAGAGGAGGGCAAUGAAGGAGCGUCAUCAGAUUCUGAAGUCUCCUUUUCAAGGACUUUCAGCCAUCCCUGCUCAGGAUCAGGACAUUGGAGUUCAGAGCAUGUUUGCCAAUUCGAUGGCAGGCACCGGAAUACAGCUAAUAUUCGAUCCCAGGCAAAAUCCGCUGUAACUCCCAGAAAGAAUACGUCGCACCGAGCUGGACUGCCGUUGUCAGGCAUGAACGAUAAGAGGAAGCACGAGGCUUCAUCUCAAACAGAGGCAUGUGCAGAACCAGUAGAAAAAUCCAACGCAGCUGUGCAGUGUGACAUCAUCCAGAGCUGCCCCUGUAAAAGGGAGCUGUCCUUCGCCCACAGUGCUGAAAUGGUGACUUCGACUAGCAAGGUAGACGCCACUGGAGGGCAGAACGUUCCAGCAGAUAGUGCAGCCCUUCAGCCUCCAAAUAGCGAUUCUUUGUCGACUAAGAAUUUGUCUCCCGAAACAGAUGGUUUCAUAGUGGCAAGGUCAGCCUAG